GUCUGGCACUGUAGCCGGGGUGACACGGUGCCGGUGCUAUGCCGAACGGAGGCCAGUUUGUGGAAGCGCUCAGUCGCCUUGGUUAUCCUGGUGCCUCGUCACUGAAGGGCUCGGAGUUUGAUUGGCUGUUUGACUGCGCUCCAGAGAACCUUAACUUCUUAAACUUCGUUUGCCGAACCCUCAAUCCAAGCAAUGUCCUAACACCAGAGGAUGCACGUGCCUUUCGAGAACUGCAGAAGUCUGGUAAACCCAUCUUGUAUGAAGCUGCCCUGGACGAGGUCCUCAAGACAGUUGGACCCGCAGAUGGGAGCAGUGCAAACAUCUUAAGGCCCUCCUCUUCAUCUUCUUCCUCCUUGUUUGGAGGAGAGGGAGAUGUGGACAUUGAAGACUUGGAGGCAGAGCUGCAGGCGCUGCGUAAAGAGAAAGAGCUGAAGCAACGUCGCUACAAAAAGCUUCAGGUUGUGGCCACUGCCCGUGCUGAAGUUGGUCUUCGAAUCACCACAGAGCUGGAGAGCACCGCUGGCAAGCUGAAGGAUGCAAAUGCUGCCGUCGGGUUUGAAAAUGCUGACACAAAUUCUUUGUUACAAAGUCUAUCUGAUGAGGUGGGAAAACUAGCUUCUCACCUUCCAGUUGACCCAGAAGCCAAGAGCAAGGAGGGGGGAAAGGAAGAAACUGUGGCCCCAGUUUCCAAAAGAACCCCACUCCUUCUCUCCCAGUUGUCCCUGCAGCCCUACUUGCACCAGGAGGAGCUCAGCACCAAAACACUGACUACCUUUACCCAAAAGCAGUUCUUCCAGGGGAUCUCUGACAUUGUACAGACCUCCUUCUCUAAUCACCUUCAGCCCCUGGACCUCAGCUCUUGUGAAAUGGGGGAUGAGAGAGAGAAGGAGCAGGAGGAUAAAGAGAAGAAGAUGGAGGGAGAGGUGCAUGUGGUGGAAAAACGAAGGAUCGAGAUGGCCAGGCUGCAGCGGGCUUAUAUUGUGGCACAGCAUCAGUUGCUGUCGGCCAUGGCACAGGAGAAGAGCAUCAUGGCUGGACUGAACUGGCUCUCUGAAAAUAUUUCCACUUCUACUUCACUGAACACGCGUGAGGCAAUGUCCAGAAGGGAGCUCCAGGCUGUAGAGGCUGAGCUGGAAGCCUUGCUUCAUGGCCCGUUUCUGGCUGCCCUCAGGGAGGCAGCCAGGCUGCUCAAUGUGCCUGUGGUGAGGGGAGACCUGGCGCUACAGCUGGCCAGACAGAACUACUGCACUUCCAAACAGGACCAGGUGCGUGACUACUUACUCCGUCAGAAAGCUUCUUUUGACCUGCUGCUCUUGGCCCUCGAAAUGGAGCUGAGGAGGUGGAAGACAGUGAUGAAGCAGCUGGACGAGAUGGGCCACAGGCUGGUGGAGGGAGGUGAGGAGGCAGCCCGCAGGAUCAAGGCCCUAGCCCAGCCUGACCUGUCCAUCUACCCUAAACCCAAUCCCAUUAUCAGUUGCAAGGAUGCAGCCUUCAGCAGACUGCUGCAGAUCCUGGAGACAUCCAGAGACAGUUCAGAUCACAGUCGAACAGAGCCCUUCCAGACCUACAAGGCAUUGGACCAGGCUGCCCGUGACCUGGCAGGCAACCUGCAGUCGACUCGAGAGGCACUGGCUGGGGCGGCUUGCCAGCAGGGCUACAUGGGGGCUCGCCUUCAUGGCGACUGUGAGACCCUACAUCAGGCCAUUUACAUAGAGCUCCAACAGCUAGUUUUAGAGCCGCAGGUAUGUCCUACAGCUGCCACAGACCAGGAGCUGCUCUGCCCCAGUGCACAGGAGCUAACAGUGAAGCUGGCAGAAGCAGAGACCCAGCUGCAGAGUCUGCAGAAUCUCAUGAAGGACAUCAUGGAGGAGGUCAAAGCCAAGCGCUCCCAAUUGGAGCGCAACUCCCUCAUCAGGCGAGAGAGAGAGCUAUAUGUCUACUUCCACCUGGACCCCCUACUCCUUAAGAAAGCGGUGGAGGACCUUGAGGGCAAAAUGAACAUCAAAUGAGAGCAGUAGUAAUGAAAUCUGCCAGAACAAACAAGGAGCUCUCUUUAUCUGCAUGCAUCACAACAUCACGUCCUGUUCCUGUCCAAAGGGAGGCUGUGCUUGAUAAAAUGCACUUAAGAUAAAUAUGAAUCACAAUUUAAUACUUAUUCAGCCCCGUUUCAACCUGCUGACCAACCUGCCAUAGAGCAAAGUGUGAACUGACUUAAACUCUGCGCCUGCCCUUGUUUUCCAUUGGGAAGGAUGGGUCUAUUCACGUAUUCUUAGCGGCUUAUCCAUAACGAGAUCAAUUCUGGGAUAUGAGACUUUGGAAGAUGAUAGAUUGUAUCGGAUCCGUGGUGCUCACUUGAUGGAAUCUACUGUCACCUAGGCUUAACGAAAUGUGUUGUGGCAUGGUUUGGUUUGCCGUGGGAGUUUUUUCUUUUGUCAAUUUCAUCAACUAAUCCAAGAAUAAUUUGGAAGAGUUAUAGAAAUUUUUUCCCCUUUUGUCUGAAAUUCCUCUAAAUCUUGUCUUUUAUUAAUAAAGUAGC